AUGCCUGACUACUCCCUUCUUGCCAUCCCGGCCUUUACCAUUCUGGCCAUCGUUCCUCACGCAGGUGAGGGUAACAUCCAACACGUAAAGAAGACCCUCCCUCCCGCCGUCUUCGGCCUCUAUGAACGCGCCGAGGCUGCACACAAGAACAGCAUGGAGACCUUGCCUCUGUUCAUCGCUGCCACCCUUUCUGGUGUCUUUGCUGAAAAGCUCACGAGAACCGACAUUGGUAACGCUCAGUUCUCGGCUACGUUCCUUGGUCUCAGAGUGCUUUAUACUCUUCUCUACGUAAGUGGAUUUCGGUUCGGUGCAUCUCUUGAGCAUCUGAUAUUGACUAUGAUGGCCAGNAUUAACACAACCUCUGAACAAGCCAGUCAUGCUCGUUCAAUGACCUGGACGGCAGGUCUGGCUCUCUGUUUCUACCAGAUCUACAAGGCAGCCGUUGCUCUUGCCUAG